GUUAAAUUAUAAUUUUCUGUUGUUUUUUAUAUUGUAGGUACCUAAAACAUUUGAAAUACACAUCAUAUCAUUCUCUGUCUUUAUUUGUAUAAAGUCAUUGAUCCCAAAGAUUUGUUACUUUUGGAAAGAACAGUUUGUUCACCCAAAUGUAAAAAUAUAGGUAUUUUUUUAAAUAUGCAUGAUGGAGUUCUCAACAUUAUUUUAAAAUCUACUCUUUUUAAAUGGCAAAAGCAUUUUUAUGUACAAAACGAAACAUCAAUUUACAAAAAACAACUUUGCAGGGAAUUUUCUGAACGCAUGUUCUUGUACAACUCCAUGGUAUGGACAUGUUGCAUGACAGGUAAGCAAAAUCUGACCUACCAGGAAGCCUUAGAAAGUGAAGACAAUGCGAGGCAGAGCCUCAAAGAAUUUCCUCUUGAAUUGAGAUUGCCUAUUUUGUAUUUGGCCAGCAAAACUCACCGUACUUCAUUUGCUGAUAUGGCAGAUGAUGUGUUCUAUUACGUUAAGGACAGGUAUUUCAUUGGGGAGAAUUUGGAGACUUCUUUUACCGGAAAUAAAUGGAAGGAUUCGCACGUGCUUCAGGUCAUUGCACCCACUGAUGAGAUUUUGAAGAGUGUGCCCAAAAAUGGCACCAAAAUGGACCACCAUUUUUGGCCACCCUCGAACCUUUUCAAAUACGAAAUUGAGCACUUGGACGCCGACGAUAACGACAUCAGCGAAAUCAUGAUCGUCGACUGCAACCAAAUUCGACGCCGAAAAGGCUCCUUCAAUCGGGACAAGUGCAAACUCUUUCUCAAACAGUAUGUCGAGCAUGACUCCAAAGGUAUGUUCAUCAUCAAACCGUUGGUCAUUGACGAAUUGGGCAUCGCCAAAAUGAAAUUCGAUCAAAUAUUCGAUGGUCCAGCCCCCGAUUUCGCAGUCACCAAACGAAAAGAACGAGUACCUAAUGGCAAGAAGAAAAUGAAUCAGGAAUCCUUGGCUAAAUUCCUGACGAAAAUGAACGGCGAAAACGUCUCGCCAAAAUCGAAAGAGAAGAAUAGCGAAAAGCACGCGAAUUUGUUGGAACAGAUGAAAAAGCGCGAGGAGGAGUUCAAAUUGAAGCAACAGCUAAAGGAGGUGGAGAAGCUCGCUAUAAAAAAGAAACAGAAACAGGACAGCAUUCGGUUGAAUAAUAUUAUUAGAAAGUGGCAGCAGCCUAAGGAAGAUACCGAGUUGGAAAAUCAACAGAAACUACCUCUUUUCACACCUGUCAAAACCAAAGUGCCUGACAAAUACUUCGGCGACAUCUUGAUGAUCAUGGAGUUCGUCGAAUCGUUCUCCAAGCUACUAUCUACCAAAGAUUUCUUUCCGGGUGGCAUCAAUCUAGAACUGAUGGAACGCGCUCUGACAGAAAAAGAAAUCGCAGGACCCCUCACCGAUCUCAUUCAGCUUUUCUUGACUGCCCUCUUCAACGUACAAGAUGAGGAAUCAGGCCAGUACAGGACGGCCAUAGAAAACGCCGCGGACAUUAAAGAUGAAGACGUAUCAGAAAACUUAAGUUUGACAGAAGGAACGCGUUUGGCAACGAUGGCUUCGAGUUGGAGCAAUAAGCAUCAAGGAUUACCUUUAGGAAGAUUGCCGCUGUAUUCUGUGACGGUUUCUGAAGUUCUAAGACUGCAUUUGCUAGCUUCGGGAGCAAGAAUUAACGAUACUGGAGCUAGAUGGAGAUACGCCCAGAGAGGUGGUUAUACGAGCGAGGACGAUCCGGGGCUGCACUUGCGCUUGAACCAACCACAAAUUCUGAAAGCGCUAGCCACACAUAACGUAGUCGAAUUAUCGAUCCGCAACAAAUUGCAAAUACUGUCCUGUUUGAUGAACCAGUUGCUGACUUACGCGGACGUAAGAGACAUCGUCGAAGAGCGAUUGGAGAAGAAUAAGCAGUUCAGGUCGGAUUUGAAGGCAUUGCAGUUGGUCGAGAAGAAAAGGGAUCAGGAAUAUAUGGCGACGAAGUUGAAAAUGCAGAAAGAGAUGAAAGAGGACCAGCAGGGAUUGAAGGACGCUUUGGAAAAGUUGGAAAGGGAAGCGGAAAGGAAGCAGGUGGAGAACAAUAGGAAAAUCGCUAAAUUAAUGAAGGGGAUGUAUGAGGGGCAACCGUUUUUAGGCUGCGAUAGAACGUUCCGAAAAUAUCUAAGGAUAGAUUCCAUACCCGGCAUAUUUAUAAACGACGAGGAAGACAGAUCAGGCAUUUGUAAUGACACUAUUUGUAUUCAGAAUCCAGAGUUAGUAAAAGCCAAUAGACAACAAUUACUCAAAUACAUGAGAAAGCUCUAUAUCGACACUGAUAAGCUAAAAAGCCCCACUAAGUCACCCAGAUCUCCGAAAAAGGUAAACGGUACCCUAAACUCGUCACUGCCCCCGGACGCCGUCGACAAUUCGUCGGAGCUGUUGAUGUGCACCACCGAUCCGCAAACUUGUCGCGUACAUUCGACGACCGUCUCCAGAGUGAGAUGGUCGUUUGUGCAGGACGAAAUUCAAUUGGGCGAACUGGAAAAUGGGUUGAAUAAUAGAGGUUUGCGUGAGGCGGAGCUGUUGCAGGCUAUUCAGAACGAUAGGGAGCGCUUGGAGAAUGUUAUAUCGCAAACGCCGGCGAACGUUUUGAAUCCCUCUAUCGAGGUUAAAGUGGACGAUGAUCAGAAGCUUACGAGGAACAUUAAAAAACAAAAAGACCGUUACGAGGACUCCAACUUGGGCUACCCGCCGACCAUGUCUCCCGAGGAGGUGCUAGAAAACGCUCUUUUAGACAACAUUUUGGAAAUGGAAGAGAAGAUCUUCGCCGGCAGUCUGGGAAGUUUGGGCGUGAAAAAUCGAGACGAAUGGCGACAGCAAUUGCAGAACAAAAAAUUCGACGAAAUGGAGAAGACGAUCGUAAAACGAGAGCGAGUUAAAUCGUCGAAAUCGAAAAAAGAUAGAAAUAGUAGGCCGCCAACGCCCGAGCUCGUCGUUAAACAGGAAUUGAAGGAAUAUCAGGACCCCGGAAGGUUUUUGGGUGCUACUUUGACCGAAAAUGAUUCGGAUAGCGAGGUUGAAAAUAGGUUGCAGCCCGUUGAUAAUUUGAGAAAAUCCGUGUCUGGUCUGGCUAUUGCCUUAGCACAAGUCGCGCAAGCGGUUGAUCACAAAUAUUUGAAGAAACCUUUAGGUAGCGGCGACGUAGGUAAAAACGAUAAGAAACACGACUACCAACUCCUAGACAAAUGGCAACAAUCGCUGUUGGCGUCGACCAGUUACAGUCAAGUGUUUCUACAUUACGGCACGUUAGAUUCGUGCGUCAGGUGGUCCAGAUCCGCCCUUCUAGCCAGAUGUAGGAUAUGCCGGCGAAAAAAGGACUCCGAGAAUAUGCUGUUGUGUGACAACUGCAACCUGGGUCACCACUUGUACUGCCUCAAACCAAAAUUAACGAGUGUACCAAAGGGAGACUGGUUCUGUGAUAGGUGUAAGAAGGAAAAAGAGAAGGAAGCGAAGCUUCUCAGUCCCGAGCCGACACCGACUAAAAAACGACGGAUAUUUAGAGACGAAGAUGUAGAGGACGAAGAAGUCGUCGAGUCCAAAAGCGUCGUCGAUGAUUCCGUAUCUGACAAUAUGGACGAAGUGGAAGACAAUUCUGAGGAGGAAAGCUCCACGGAGGAAGACCAACAAGAAGAUGGGGAUGUGAAAUUUGAUCUUUGUAAACAUUGCGGAUCCGGCGGCGAAUUGAUAACGUGCGAGAAAUGUACGGUGUGUUGGCAUAUAGAAUGUUGCGAUCCACCACUGAGGAGGGCUCCUAGGGCUCCGUGGACGUGCGCCGCUUGUAAAGGUCCCGUUAAGAAGGAGAGGCGCAGAGAACCAAGCGAAUCAGGUUCAGAAGACGAAAUUAGCUCAGCGAAUAGAAGAUCUCAUCGCCGAGAAGACAUGCGAGAAGAUCUUCCGUUGCACAACGCCGCCUUACAAGAAUUAUUGGUCGAAGUGAUGAGGCAUCCGGACGCGUGGGCCUUUAUUAGACCCGUCCAAAAAACUGAGGUACCUGAUUAUUAUACCGUAAUUACCAAACCGAUGGAUUUUGGCACAAUCAAAUACAAACUGAACAUGGGCGAAUACAGACAAGACAGUCAACUAAUGGAAGACGCGGUAUUAGUAUUUGAAAAUUGUAACACUUAUAAUGAUACGGACGCCGAAGUGUACAAGUGUGGCGUGAGGUUGUUAAAGUUCUUCGAGAAGAGAGCGAAAGAGUUGAAUCUGAAAUUGCCGGAAGAGAUGACCAGCGACGAUCCGAAGCCGCCGAAAAAGAAGCGACGGACGAAAUGUUGAAUAGUAUAGGGCACUUCGAGAGUAUUUUGGUUAUUUUAAAUUAUUUUUUACAAAUCUAUAGCUUUCUAAGCAAGUUAAAUCAUGGGCCAAUUUUUUUGGGCGAUUUUAAGUUUUAUUCCACCCUUUUUUAUUAUUAAAUUUAUAGUUUCUAGAAUUUCUGUUAAUUAGGUUAACACUAUUUAUAAUAUAAAUUGUAAAGACA